UAACAAGCAAAUUAAACCAUUAUACAUUGGCAUGGUUCCAUCUCAUGCUUUGGCAUUUACUACGUCUGAUGCAUGGUAUAUGGCAAUACCUGUAUAACUGAUUUUAAAAAAAAUGUCAUUCUGAUCAUUCUUCUUUAAAGCAUUAACAUAAUACAUGAUCUACAAACUGUUGUACCAGGCUGAGGUACAGUGAGAGGAAGCAGGAUGUCCAAUAACAUGGCUAAGAUUACAGAUACCCGCAAGACAGUGGAACAGCUGAAACUGGAAGUUAACAUCGAAAGAAUGAUGGUGUCCAAAGCAGCAGCUGAUCUGAUGGCCUUCUGUGAGGCUCAUGCCAAGGAGGACCCUCUGGUGAUACCAGUGUCAUCCUCUGAGAACCCUUUUCGGGAGAAGAAAUUCUUCUGUGCCAUACUCUAAUCCCCACAAAUUCACAUGAUUAAAUACAAUAACUCUACGUUCUGUGUCAUUAUUAGCAAUAAGUAGGACAGGACAAAUAAUGCUAACACAGUUAAAGAACCCUUGAACAUUUUGGUUUCGGUAGGCCUAAUCAGUGAGAUGAUUUUUUUGUAUUUUAAAAAGCUAUGUAAGUGCUUGAAUUAUUUAUCUGGAUUGAUCUGAUUGACUGAAAUAGAAUGUUCUUUACGAUGGGAGCAAAGUUCAUUCGAGGCCUACAAACCUAGCUUACAUACUAGCCUCUCCCUUUCAGCACACUGCCCUGACAAUU